AUGAGCAAGCAAGGCGAGGAGCAACUUGCAUUUCUUGAGGCCAAGAGAAUUAUCUCGGUUAUCAACCGUCUGAAGGAAAACGAGGAUGCAGAGAAGACAGCUACGAUCCAGAUCCAAGUGAAUCUCAAGGGAUAUGAUGCCAGGAAAGAUAAUAAACUGUCGAAGGACAUGGCCUUUCCCUACAAGGUGCGAAGACUCGACAAGACAAUUGUGAUUGCCGAUGAGGCACAUGUUCAGACAUGUGUUGAUGCAGAGGUACCGUAUGUGUCUAUUGAAGAGAUCAGCGGAGACAACAAGAAAGCCAAGAGAGACGAGGUGCUGAAGAGGAACAAGUAUUUUAUCCUCUGCCCAGGAUAUAACAAGGUCUUCCAGCUCAAGAACAUUCUUCGGUGUGGAAAGACACCCUAUAUUCUUAAGAACGACGACGAUAUCAAGACGGUAUUUGAGACGGCAAAAAGGUCUUACAAGCUCCGUAUCAAGGACUUUGCAGUUACCUCGUUUCCUGUGGGCCAUACUGGAAUGGAAACAGACCACAUAUAUGAAAACAUCAAGACAGGGAUGGGGCUGCUCAUCUCAUACCUGAAGAAGGGCUCGCAAAGCUUGAAGGGAGUGAUGAUCAAGACCAAUCAAACAUCACCAAUAACUCUCUAUUAA